UGCGUGGGUGUGUGCGGGCAUCUGCCCUGGUUCCCCGGCCCCCCAGGCAGCCAUGGCUGAUGAGAAGACCUUCCGCAUCGGCUUCAUUGUGCUGGGGCUCUUCCUGCUGGCCCUCGGCACGUUCCUCAUGAGCCACGACCGGCCCCAGGUCUACGGCACCUUCUACGCCAUGGGCUGCGUCAUGGUGAUCGGGGGCGUCACCUGGAGCAUGUGCCAGUGCUACCCCAAGAUCACCUUCAUACCCGCUGACUCUGACUUCCAAGGCAACCUGUCCCCAAAGGCGCUGGGCCUGCUGGAGAAUGGGCUCGCCUCCGAGAUGAAGAGCUCCCAGCCCCCAUACGUCAGGCUGUGGGAGGAAGCCGCCUAUGACCAGAGCCUGCCUGACUUCAGCCACAUCCAGAUGAAGGUCAUGGGCUACCAUGAGGACCCCCGUCCCCUGCUGGCCCCUGAGCCGGGACAGCCGCAGCUGGGAGCCAGUGGUGGAAGAGAAGGUGGCCCUUGUGAGGCUCGGGCCUGGAUGGAGGCUGCGGUGGUCAUCCACAGGGGCUCAGAUGAGGACGGGGAAGAGAGAAGCCCGACUGAGAGCAGGCUUGGCCUCCCGGCCUGUCCCCAGGGCCCUGCGCCCCUGGCUUCCUUCCAAGAUGACCUGGAUGUGGGCUCCAAUGAGGAAGGCAGCCUCAACCCAUCUCCGCCUGAGGAGGAGGAGCCUCAUCCCCCGCCCGGGGAGCCCUGGGCCUGCAAGUGCCCGCUGGACCGCUUCCAUGACUUUGCCCUGAUCGACGCCCCCACGUCAGAGGACGCGCCUCCAGAGCGGCAGUGGUGGGAUACCGCCCUGUCCAGCUAUGGGCAGCAGUCCCAAAGGACAAAGGAGGAGGAAGAGGAGCCUUCAGACAUAGGCACAGAGGAGCCAGAGCAGGAAGGGGAAGACUUGUACUAUGGGCUGCCGGACAGCCCUGGGGACCCCCUUCCGGACAAGGAGCUGGGCUUUGAGCCCGACGCCCAGGGCUGAGAUGGGACCACUCCCCGGGUUCUAGCCCUGCACCACCGCUAACCCCCAUGCCACCUCACAGGGCCUCGAUGCCCCUGUCUGCCAAAUGGGGCUGUGUGGAGGUUUGCACAAGACAGUGGACCCGAGAGCCCUCUGGGGGCUCCAAGAAGUGCAUGGGGAGGGGAUGUUUGCUGUCCGUGGACCAUUGCUCUCCAGCUGUUAGUUUCCUGUGGUGAAGCUUUGAAGGUACGCUGUGAUUCACUGAGAAGAUUCGCUGCCGCUGGGGCCCUCAAGAGCCUUUUCUGUCUCCCCCCAAAGCUGGCCUCUGAGCAGGACCCAACUUGGUGCUACCCUGAUCCUCUGUGAAGGCCUCUCAGGGUUCCCGAUCCCGCUCCCCGCCCCCCACCCCCCCAUCCUGCCCCACGCCCCAUUCGGAGCGAACCACGUCGUCUGCCCACGUCCCUCCUGUGGCCCCCUCGGCCCCAGAUCCAAAACCUUCCAUGAGUCGCCUCUGCUGACCUCCCCCUGGCCAGCCCCGCUCCACACCUCCUCUCUCUAAUUCCACGCCCCCCUCCCACUACUGCGUCCCAAGCUGUCCCCUCCACCAGCGUGCCCUUUGCUUCCUUGCAUGUCUUGGCAACUUCAUGCUCAGCCUUCAGACCCCGGCACAGAUGUCCCUCCUCUGAAAGCUUCACCUGGUGUUACCGCCUCCCGGACCGAGUUACUUCUGGCUCCUCUGUGCCACCCUCGGGCCUCGAACACUUACCGCCGGAGCAGGGUUGGCUGCUCGAGGCUAGCACGUUAACUCUCCUCACCUCAGUAUCUCCUGCGCUCCGGCCAGUGGUCACUGAAGGCUUACAAGCCUGAGCAGGGCCUUUUGCAGGUGGUUGUCCCCAUCGCCAUCCCCGAGCUCUCAGCCCCCCACCCCUUCAUUCUCUGGCAUUCAGACCUCCAAAUGGCAUGCACAGGAGUCACAAAGGUGGGCAGAAAGCCCCCACAGAAACCCCCUUCCCUGCAGACUACAUCUGCGUUGGCUUAGGACUGUGGGUGAGACGAAGCCUCCUGGCUCGAUUCAGCUUGAUUCCGGUGGUGUUUACGGAGCACCUACGGUGUUCCAGACGCUACGCCGGACUCUUUAGGGGGAGAGAGACACGAACCUAGAAGGUUCUUGCCCGCCAAGAGCUUACGAUCUACUGAGCUUGGCAUCUUGUAAGUUAGGAACAGAGUGCAGAGUGCAAGCCAAGGCGGGAGCCGAGGGGUUGACAGUGGGCACACCGGGGGCAGUAGAGUGACAGCCGCACAACCGUCUGGGGCCAUCGAAGGCAGCGACGACCAGCUCAGGUUACCUGAGCAACCCCCGAAGGUAUCACGGUCCCGCAGCCUCCCGGUGUAAUGCUUGUAUGAGUCUGAUCUCUGCCAACGCCUGUGUGCCCCAGCAUGGACAGUGGCAGCGUCCGAGAGAAGGCCAGUGACAAUGCUUCCCACUCAGAACUUGCACCCGGGGCCUCCGGGUUAGAGUUGGGGGUCUCGGCUGAGGGAGGGGGACGUGCCCUGUGCUGAGUCAGAAGUACACGCCCCUGGAGACGCACCUCCCCCUUCAUUCUGGGUCAUUACCACCCCCACCCAGUAGGAAAGCCUCUAUGGUGAAGGGCGCCGCGGGGCACAUCCCCUCUGCCGUCGCAUGCUCCCGCCAGCGGCCCUGAGACAGUGGACAGUAAGGUGCAGCGUCAGGGGAGCAGGUGACCUGCAUCAGAAGGGACGUCUGGGCAAACAGCUAAAAUAAAGUGUUCGAUGUUUAAAGGGGU